UCUCGUGUUCCUUAUGUCGUUUUCAAGUUUUUUAAAUUAAUGAAAUACCCUUAGUGCUAUUACGAAUUUGUAGACCGCAUUUCGUCCAUCAGAAUCGUGUCUGGAUUUAAAGAAAAGUUUCCCGGAUCAUUCCACCAACCUGUCUAAAUUCAACAAAAUGAUAUUGCCAGAAACAACUCAUGUCUAAUGUCUUGCAGAAUGAGUUUCUCGAAAAGCGAAAUGUCAGGAAUAUCAAAAAUUUUAUCUCAUCAUUCUAGUUCAAUUGCUUCAGCCCUGGACCAAAUAUCUUUUUUCAUGGUCUAUCCAUGGGCAACAGUUUUAAGCAAAAUAAUAGCUUAUUACUUCAUUCCAGACUUGAAUUCCUUUGACUGGUGGAGUAAUGUUAAAGAAAAGUUCUUGUUUGGUCCUUUAUUGUGUAUUUUUUUUCUGGGACUAUUUCCUGUUGGAGUAGCAGGCUUUCUCUUGUGGAUAUUCAUUUGUUCUGCCUUUCCACGCAAAAAGUACUCAUAUUUGGAGUUAGGCACAAAAGGGAAUAAACAAAGUGAAGAAACUAAGGAAGUAUUUACCUUAGCUUGUGCAAAUGUCUUGUUGGCAAAUGAAGUUUUCUGCAGAUGGAACAACAAUGGAAAUCCGAUGGCUAGAUCUAAAUUAAUAGGGCAAAAACUGCUGCAGCAAACACCUUACUAUCUUCAAAAUCUUCUUCUCCCGCAACUGUGUAAGAAGGAUACUGUUAUAGCAGACCUCCCAGAUGUAGAUAUUCUUUGUGUGCAAGAAGUCUGGGAAAGAUAUUGGGCUGCAACAAUGAUUGAUCAACUAGGACUUAAAUACAGUUACUUCAUCCAUGAUGUCGGAGAUCAUCGAUUAACGUCGAACUGUUGUUUAUUUGGAAGUGGUUUAUUCGUCGCAUGUAAAUACCCGAUUCUCGCCGUAGAAUUUCAACCGUUUCAGUUUCGAACUCAUUAUGCCAAAUUCUUCUCAUAUGGAGUUCUUUGUUUGAAGAUACAAAUCAAUAAGGAACGAAUAGCAUAUGUUGCAAAUUUACACGGGCAAGCCUACCAGGGAAAAGAACCAGUUCUCUAUCAUCAGCUUAGCGAGUCUCUUUCUGCAAUUAACGCUUUCCGACUAAAGACUCGGCUACCGGAAGAGAACGUUAUUUUUGAUGCGGUUUGUGGCGAUUUUAACUUUGAUAACAUGUCCCCAGGUGACGCAGCCACACAAAACCAUCCGCUUUUUAACCAGUAUAUUGACGCCUGUUCAAAAAAGCCAGGAGAGGACCAUCACUGGACUGUAGGAACAGAGCUGCGCCAAUUACGAAUGCAUGAACCCAUUGUUUCAACAGCGGAAGCCUUGCGUCACGUUCUUAUUGAUGACGUAAAGCGCAGACAAUACGUUCUUGACGCCGAUGUCGUAGAACAAACUACAGCGCUUGCAUCCAUAGACCCUUCGACGAAUGAAGAUGGAAAAGUUGUACGUGAAAGUUGGGGAGGUAAACGGCGGAUUGACAGGAUUUUGUUAAGGAAAGAUUCACCCGCUCAAGUAGUAGGGUAUGGUUUCAGCUCAGUUUUGGCUGGGUUAACUGAUCACAUCCCAGUCGCGGUAAGUCUCAAAGUAACAACUGAUUAGCAAAAUAUGGCAAAAUAUGUUCGUCAGUGCACUGUAUUUUCUGCAUUUUAGCACACCAUGCAUGUCUCCGACACGCGCCUAAUGUUUUUUUUCCAAAAU